UUAUAGUAUCGUUCACAGAAAUCAGUUCGUAACUGGCCAUCGAGCGAGCUCUGUGUAUGUGAUCAUGUAUUCGAUAUUUGUUAAUGUUAUUAGGAAGUAGUGCAUUUGUAUAUAAAUUUUAUCUCUGCAAAGAGAAUAUUGCGCAGAUAUCAUGCUUCGAUAAUAUUUCACGAUUGAAUAAGCAUAUCAAUCCAUUUAUGAAAAGUGUGUAUAAAGAUCAAUUCGUGUAAAUAAAUGUUACCGGCGAAGUGAAUAGAAAGACAUUUUAUAAAUUGCCAGCUCUUAUAUUACAUGCAAAAGCAAUAUCAAAUAACAUAUCCGUAAUAAAACCUUGCGAGACGUCCGUAAUUGAAGACGUUCCAUGGGUCAAUAGUAUAGAAGAGAAUCUGUUCUGUAAUGGAUUUAUAAGUACUGCAAUUGUGAUAUAUGAACUCAGUCAGUGGAUGGAAGUUUGCGAAAGAACACUUUGCCUGGACUGAAUUUUAUGACAAAAAUUUAAUAAAUAUUUUUUUAAAAAAUAGUACAACAGUGUGGUGAGUUCAGAAGUGUGUUAGUGCAAUAAAGAAUUACCUAGAUUAAACAUAAAUGAAGUUUUAUGAAAUCAAUAAUGAUUUUUUAAACUAUUUUAAAGAUUUAGUAUUUAUUAACAAAAGGUUUUGGUUUGUGGAUUAUUAAAAUUGUGUCGUGACAGUUGCUUUUGAUCAAUAUGAUGGAUAAAUACUACAAUUCUUGUGGUUAACGAUACCGUUGUACUAGGAUUUUUGGAGUUUCACGUUUUUCUGGAGACCAAAGGAUUGAAGAGACGGCGGCAUGCCUGCGCUGCGCCUAUUUGGCCGGAAGUGGCUCGCCGCCUCGGAUGACUUGGUCUUUCCCUGUUUAUUCGAACUUCUCCUCAGGAUAAUAUGGCUUGUCUUAAUGUCUCUCGCCCUGGUGCGGUAUUGGGAUUCCACGCUGGGCUGCGACGGCGGAACUCCGGUGCGGGCGUACAUGGCCGGCACGAUAGCGGUGCUCUCGGCUGGAGCCGUCCUGCUGCUAGCGCUGAUCAACCGCAGCGCCCAGGGCACCAUAACCGACACUAGAGCCAGGAGGCAUGUGGCGCCUUUGCUGGCGGUUAAGAUAUUUCUGCACUUACCAGAGUUGGGGCUGAAUAUCUUGGGAACGCUCUGGGCUUUCAGUGAUGUCAUAGUAUGUCCUAACACCGAGCUAUUUUCUCGAACAGUCAUAGAAGCGAUUGUAUUAUUCAACUGGGUGCUUUUCGCACUCACGGUUUUCGGCCUCGCAAUGGUGUUCGAUCCUCUGGGUUCCACAUCAGCCAGUUGUUGUGUGCAGGGUUCUCCUGGUUCCACUGCUACGCCUUCGCAGUCGAACAUGCACCGAAAGCUGACGGCGCUCUGGUUGAAGAGGUUUCGCUGGGCGUGCUGCUGCAUGCGGAGCGAUGAACUUGGAAAUGAAGCUUUUCAGCAAAUCGCUGCUUUGCUCAGUACGUUGUUUCGAGGUACCGAUUUGGUGCCUUCUGAUGUUUUGGCCGGUUGCGUACUCCUGCGAGUGAGGCAAAAAAGAGACACACGUGAAAGAAGGCGAUUGCAAAUGUUGGCUGAAGAAGAACCACAAUAUACCACCGAUAUGCUUCGAAUAUUUUCAACCUGUCCUUCUUGGAUGAACAUGCACAUGGCCAAACAUUUUAUGAGGUUUUCAAUGGCCACUUACGGUUGGCCAUUCGUCAUGUACACUCAUUGCUGUACUGGCCUAUAUCGACUUAUGCGAAAAGCUACAUGCUGUGCUUGUUUCAGAUCGAAACCAAAUAUGGUUACAGACGACAAUUGUUGCCUUUGUCAUUUGGCUGGAGUGAGGUAUAUGUCACGUUUAAGAUCAGAAGACAUUCUGUAUGCAUCAUUUAGAAAUCAUGUUUUUGAG